AUGGCGCAAUUCGGUCAUCAGCCUGUCUUUGUCACUGCGCAGCCGGUUGUCAUCAAUCCAUUCCAUCAAUUCGCUGAUGAUUGGAGAGUAGGCUUGUGCAGUUGUUGUAAUGAUGUGACACAAUGCUGCUACGCAUAUUUUUGUUGGCCUUGUUUUGUAAUAUCGCUAGCAGGCAAAAUUGACGAAUCAUGUAUAUCAUGCUGGUGUGUUCCCAAUGCAUUGGCUGUAUAUCGCAUGAAAGUUCGAUCUACUUUACGAAUCAAAGGUGAUUCUUGCAAUGACUGUUGCACUAUUUGCUGGUGUCCUUGCUGUGCUGGACUUCAGAUGCGUAACGAACUCAUUGAGCGUGGUUUUGGCUAA